AUGGCUCCAACAACUGAAAACAUGAAAAACUUAUUUGGUCCUCGAGCAACAUUACCAUCAUUGUCAGAUAUUUAUACAACAAGAAUUAAUGCUCUUCAGGCUACAAAUACUAAUUUAAGAGAAGAAAAUAAUAGACUUGAAACAUAUGCAACGGAAGUUAAUAACAAAAAUCAUGAUUUAACGGUGAAAGUUCUUGAACUCGAAACACAAAAUCUUCGAGUUGCAUUUGGAGCUGAAAUUCUAAAACAACUAUUAGUUCAACGCUUGGAAGAAUUUGAAAAAAAAGUUCAAGACCUUGAAGCACGUGAAAAUAAAGUUCAAGACUUCGAAGAACUUCAAAAAAAAGUUCAAUGCUUCGAAGAAUUUCAAAAAAAGUUUGAAGAGUUUCAAAAAACAAUUGAUAAAGAAAAUCAUGAUUUAAAAGAACCAACGUCACAAAUUAAAUCAAAUUUAACAAAAUUUAAGUUGUCAAAUCGUGAUGUUGAAAAACCACCAAAAGAACAUAAUGGUGUUAGACUCAAAGCAUGGUCGUACUAA